AUGAUAGUCGAUAAAGUUGUUUUAAUAACAGGAUGUGGUGGAAAUGGGAUUGGAAAAUCACUUUCAAAGGCAUUUUACGAGUAUGGUUUUAAAGUUUAUUCAAGUUCAAGAAAUUUAGAAUCGAUGAAUGAAUUAUCGUCAAUGGGAAUUAAUACAAUUAGACUUGAUGUGAAGGAUAAAUUAUCAAUUGAAAGUGCAGUUAAUCAAAUUAUUAAAAAUGAAGGAAAAAUAGAUAUCUUAAUAAACAAUGCAGGUAUUUCAUCAUUUAAUACAUGGAUUGAUAUGCCUGAUGAAGAAUUAGAAGAUGUAUUCCAAACAAAUACACUAGGCCUUAUUAGAACAACAAGAGAAGUUGCAAAACAUAUGAUAAAAGAAAGAACUGGUUUAAUAAUAAAUAUUGGUAGUGUUGCAGGAUUUAUUCCAAUGCCUAUAUCAGGCCUUUAUUGUGCUUCAAAAGCAGCUCUUCAUUCUUUUAAUGAAAGUAUAAGAGUAGAAUUAUCACCAUUUUCAAUUAAAGUUAUGUUAGUAAUGCCUGGACCUUUAAAGAGUGAAAUUGUUAAUAAAACAUUACCAAAAUUUAAAGAAAUAAUAUCAAAUCCAGAAUCUCCAUAUCAUCCAAUUUAUAAAGAGUUAUUAGAUCGUCCAUUAACAUCAAUAAAAAAUCAAGCACCAAUUCAAGGUUUAACUGAUUCAAUAAUGAAAAAAAUAUUUUCAAAUAGAAUUCCAAAUCAUAUGAAAUAUGGUCCAGGAUCAAUUGGUUUAGUAUUUUUAAGUUGGCUUCCAACUAGAUUAAUUGAUUUUAUAUUUUCAAGAAAAUUUGGAUUUAGUAAAUUGAAAUCAAUAAUUAAAAAUGAUCAAACUAAAAAUAAAGAUAAUUAA